AUGGGCUCCCGAAUGGCCUUUAUCGGUCUGGGAGAGAUGGGCAAGGCAAUGACUCGCAACCUUCACCGCGAUGGAAAUCUCACCAGCCCAUUGACCCUCUGGAACCGAACCAAAAGCACCGCGGACGCCCACAGCGCUGAUCUCGGAGGAGACUGUAAAGUGGCCGAAACCGUGCAGGAGGCGGUCGAGAAUUCCGACAUCAUCUGGUCAUGCCUGCAGAACCAGUCCGCGGUGGAGCAGGUCUUCGACAGUAUCUUUGCGGCCAACGUCAACAUCACCGACAAAUUGUUCGUCGACAGCUCCACCAUCGCCCCGGAAUGGUCCAAUGCCACAGCCAAACGGGUCAUCGAAGCUGGCGGGGAGUUCGUCUCGAUGCCAGUCAUGGGCGAGCCUGUGGUAGCAGCAGCCAAGAAACUCAUCUGCAUCCCAAGCGGGAAGCCCGAAUCGGUAGACCGAAUCCGACCAUAUCUGGAGGGCGUGGUAUGUCGGGCGAUCGUCGAUCUAGGCGGAGAAGAGCCGGGCACCUCGUCCCUCCUGAAGCUGAUGGGCAACUUCCUGAUCAUGACGACGAUGGAGACGGUGGCGGAGGUCAACGUCUUUGCGGACAAGUCGGGGAUCGGCACCAAGAACAUGAACAAGCUGAUGGGCGCCAUGUUCCCCAACCCGCCGCAUGCCAUUUACAACCACCGCAUGCUGACGGGCGAGUACUACGAAGGCACACCCAUCGUCGAGGUGUACAAGGCAUUGGCCCUCACCGGCCAGGUGCUGGAUAUGGCCAAAGCAUGCGGCGCCUCCGUCCCCAUCUACGAGGUUGCACGGGAGCACCUGAAGCUCGUGCAGGAGCAUGAAGGGUCCAAGGCCGACAUCACGGGGAUUUAUGGCGCCGUCCGGGUGAAGAGUGGAUUGCCCUACCGGAAUGGCGCCGCGGAGGGGAGCAGCGAUGAGAAGAAGUAA